AUUACAAAAAACUUGUAAAUAUCUAGAGGCCAUACGAGAAGUCACAUAGGAGGACAGAUGGUGUGUGCAUGAGUCGGUGGCACAGGCUCACGCCAAAAACUGCGCCUGACGGCCACUCUCUGUUCUCUCUCUUUUCUCCCUCUCCCCAGUCUCACCACUGCAAAACUAGGCUCUGUGCUUUGCGGCAGACUGGUGAAGGAUGGAGACUUCCACCACCAUCACCGACUUAGACGCCGACUCUCUGGCCGAGUGUGGGCGCUACCUCGACCUCCAAGACCUCUCCAACAUGGCCAUGUCCUGCAAAUUCCUCAAAACUGUUGCCUAUUCUGAUUCCAUCUGGCAGCGUUGGUUCAGUGAGCAUUGGCCGCUGCAAAUGCCGUCUACUUUCUCCCAAGCUUCUGGGGUGAGGGAAUCCUACUUGGCUAGGCGCACAGCUUUGAGGCAGUUCAAGUUUGUUGAUCCACUAGCUGCUCAAUUCCAUACAGAUGCCAAGCCUUUCAACCAUUUAUUAUUGGACAAAAAUAAUGACAUCAUUUUUUCCCAGGGUUCAGUGAUCCAAAUAAUGAAGAUGGGUAGCAUUUUUAGUGGAAGAGACUUUGUUGUCACCCUAAAUGAUCAUAAUGCAAGAAUUACUUGUAUGAGAUUAUUUCCGCUUAGUGAAACAUCUUUAUUUCGAAGUGAGACACAACGAGAAGAAAAUGUUUUGGUAACCUCAAGCUGUGACCACUCCAUUCGUCUAUGGUGGAAGGGUUCUUGCCAGCGGUGUUUUAGAGGUCAUAAUGGCCCAGUUUCCACUCUUUCAGAUAAAUUGCUGGGUGAUGGUAGUGGCAAAGUAUUUGCAAGUGGAGGAGAAGAUGGUACAGUUCGACUUUGGUCCCUUAGCUCAAGUGGGAAACGUGGCCAGCAGGCUUUAAAGGCAACUCUUUAUGGGCAUGCGAAACCUGUAAAAUUGAUGACAGUUGCUGGGCAUAAAACUUCUCUUCUGGUGACAAUUUCGAAAGAUUCUAAGGUGAGAGUUUGGGAUACAACUACAUCAUCUGCUGUUCGUUCUUCAUGCUGUGUGGGAAUGACUUCUGUUCUUGGUGCACCUGUGGACAUGAAAUGUUAUGAAUCAUUGCUUUUUGUUGCUGCUGGUUCCUCUGUUUCCACAAUUGAUUUGAGGACGAUGCAAAGAGUUAUCACUGCUGCAAUUGGACAACAUGAAGUGUAUUCAUUUGAUAUUUUGCCCUCAAAAUCCUUGAUAUGCACAGGUGGAGAUGGCAAAGCGAUGCUAUGGGACAUUAGGAAAAGUCAGGAGACUCUUAAACCAGAACCAGUGAUCGAGGUGGAUGGGCACACGGGCCCAGUAACGCUCUUGCACAUGGAUCCAUACAAAAUUGUUACAGGAGGCCCUGAGGAUGAUCACGUUAAUGUUUGGGAGCUGGACACUGGGACACAAACAAAUACUUUGGCUUGCAGUUCAGAUGAGGGACCAAAUUCCAACCCUGGGUGUUCUGCCAUGGCCGCUGAUGGGUGUCGGAUUGUCACUGCUAGCUGUGGUACAGAGGAUGGGCUUGUAUGGUUUAGGGACUUCACUGAUGCUACAUGCCCUGUUUCUUCUUCACAUGAAGAUAAACCCGCCUCAAAAUUUUGGGAUCCUCAAUGCUAUGGUGAUACCGAAAACUCUGAUGACUGAAUACAUAUCUUGUUAUUUUCUCUGAACAUCACCAAGCUUUUCUCUACUUCCAAUUCUCCGUUUAAUUUUCAUUUUGUGUAGAAGGAUGAAUGCUUGGGUAAAGGCAAGAGGGUCUCUGCCAUUUUGUCUAUCAUUAUAAUAGAAGGCUAGUAAGGCUGAGUUGUUUGUUGCUAAUGAUUGUUUAAUCUUGACCUGAAUCCCUUUACCAAAACUGUGUUCCCAUGUAGAUGAUAUCUGGCUUGAGACUCGGAGAAUGGCUCUCAUGGAGAAUUCUUUUUAUCCGAUUAGUAAAGGGUAUCUGGAUCCUGAGAAAUUGUGUGAAACAGGGGAAGAGAAUGAGGAAAAGAAAUAAAAGAGAGAAUAGGUUUAAAACUUUGAGCAUUUGUCUUCAUUUUACUAAAUUUAUUUUCUAUUAGGAAUGAAGUAGAAAGAAAUUGAUCACUCUAGGGUUUAGGGUUUUGAUGUUCUAAUGGCUCUAAGUUUGCUCAGUUUUAUUCACAUACAAAUUGAAGUUAGGGUGUGUUUGGUACAAAGUGAGAAUGAGAAUGAAAAUAGGAUUAGAGUAUGUUUGAUGAGAAAGAAUGAGAAUGAAAAUAGGAUGAAAAUGAAGAGAAAUCAUAAUACCCAGGAUUUAUUUUCAUAAUCAUGAAUUUUUUAAACAUACUUUUAUUUUUAAAAAAAUAAUCCUAACACAUUCAAUAUAUCUCAUUACUAUUCUCUAUUCAAGCAUUCCACAAUUGCCAAGAAUAAAAGCAAAUCACAUGAGAAUUCUAGAUGGGGUUUUAUCCUGAAGACCCCAAACCAGUACAACAUGAAGUGCCCUUGCAAAGGGACUCCCAAAAUCUUGCCCUUCCAGCAGUGGCUAGUGUUUCCAAUCCUUCAACACACUACUUUACCUUGAAAGCUUUUGAGAAUUUCAUAUUUCAAUCAUUUGAUUUUGAAAAAAUGGGACCAAUUAGAAGGAAUAAGUCUUAAAUUAAGUAGGAAGAAAUAAAGGUUAAAUUCAAAAAAAUAAAAUCCAAUAGAAUUGUCAUCAAAUAUAAAGAAAUAUGAUUUUGACUCUUAUUGAUUGCUUAUUUAGGCAAGCCAAACAUGCCCUUUGCCAGUAGCUGGUGUUCUUCAGAAAUGACUGCAGGCGCUUUAGCCCCAAAACCUUAGAAGAGUCCACGGAACCAGACCCACCACUACAAAAUGGCUACCACCGCCGGCGCUGCUGCCGCCGUGCUUCUCCUUCUUCUCACUGCUACCACUACCAUUUCCUUAUCGUCUCCGAUCCUGGGUCUGGACUCAUUCCUGAGCCAACAAUCUCGGUUGGAUCCACAAGCCACCAACGACUCCUUCCUCUCACUUCCCUCCCACCUCAGAAAAACCCUCUUCUCCGCCACUACCCAUCAUCGCCACCUCAUCUCCUCCCUCCAACUCUCCCUUUCUGUCUCCCUCCAUGUCAUCCUCGUCGGCCCUUCAUUUCCAUCGGACGCGCCCUCUCUUCUUUCCUCUUUCCUCUCCGCCGUCUCCUCCUCCGACCACUUCCACGUGAUCUCCCCCUUCUCCACAGACCACCGCCACCUCACCAAACACUCCCUCCACCUCGACGUGUCUCUCUCUCCUCCCUCCCUCUCUUCUCAAGUCUCCGAUGCCCUUCGCUCCCAAAUCUCUAAUACGCCCAAUUCCCUCCGAUCCUCUCUCAUCUCCAUCCCCUACGCCGCCGUCGACAACAUCAUCAGACAACACUUCGAAAAGGAGAAACCCCAUCAAGAGGUGUACAUCUAUUUGCUCAAUUUGGGUCCUCAAUCCAAAUCCUACGCCUACAACUACGGAUCCGGCGAGUCCUCCCCCGCCUUCACCAAGUGUUUCGGCAGUCUCUGGACCGGAAAAGAUCGGUACUUGUGGGUGGAUUUGGCUGCCGGGCCUGUGGACUACGGGCCGGCGUUAUCCGGUGAUGGGGUUCUGCCCAGAGGCGAGUUUCAUCCUUUGGCGUCGUUGCACGGCCGACCCAAGUCGCAGAAGGCCUUGCUUGCGGACUUCGCAUCAUUGGUCUAUAGCGCCUAUCAGGUUCUUGUUGUGCCCUCCUUGAGAAUUCCUGUGCCUUUUGAGAAUUCAUUGAUUGUUCAGUUUAUACAUGUUCAUGGGGACUUGAAUAUGGACUCUAAUGGGUUGGAUUGGCAAUCAAUAGAGAGGACUUUUAUGGAUGAGGUUAAUGACGGUGGAUUAUUGUUGGGGGAUCAGUCUUUGCGGUUUAAGACUUAUGAGUUGAGAUAUGCUGAUUGCGCCAUCUGUUCUUUCGCAAUUUCGAGGUCGACUAAUUCAUAUACUUCGAGGUUCUUGUUUGAUAACUAUACUUUGAUUGUUAGUGAGUAUUUGGACUCUAAGCGUUUGCAUCAGAUAUUGUCGGACUCGGCUGAGGAGUUUAGGAGAUUUGCAAACAUACCGGAAGAGGACUUUGGUAGGGUUCUGCCGGUUUAUGUGUUUGAUUUGGAUCACAAUGCACUGUUGUUACUUGAUCGGUAUCACCAGUCUGUUGCUUUUAAGGAUAUGGUUAUUGCUGUUAGAACAAGGAAUACGCAGACUGUGAGUGAUUAUAGUUGUAAUGGGCGCCAUAUGUUUACUCAAACACGAGAGCUUGAGAGGCCACUGGUUGGUUCAAUCCUGCAGAGUAUGUGGGGAGUGUCGCCGACCCAUUUGUCAUGGAGUCCAAGGCAUAAUAGCACUUUAGUUGAUUAUACAUGGAGUGUUGGACAGACUCCUUUUGGGCCAUUCUCGGAGACCUUAUCAUUGUCCUUUGUGCAGAAAGAUGCAGCCCGGAGAAACAUUCUUCUGACAUCAUUGAAUUACAGCCUUACAAGUGCUAUUGAUGUCCUAGAAUCCAUAGCUGCUCAUGGCGGGGAAAGGAAUCUUCUUAAACAUAAUCGUCAUGUUGAGUUUGUACAGAGGUGGAACUUAUUCAAGUACAAGUUAGACAAAGCAGUUUCUUCAUUGUCUCAUUUCGAUUUUGAAAUGGCUUUGUAUUUCUUGAGGUCUUCAGAUCAUGAUCUGUAUGCAAUUCACUCUCUUGUUUAUCAUGCAUCACAAGAAAUGGAGGCAUCGCUGGUUUGUUUCAAGGACCCCCCAUUUCCGUGGGCUUCAUUUUCUGGAUCUGUAGUAGUUGUUUUUGCUCUCUUUUAUGUUUAUACAAAAAGAGACAAACUUUUUAGAAACAAAAGGAAGCAAUUUUGAAGGCUUUUGAUGGAUAAGAACCUUGUAACAGUUGAAUUCAAUAUGACAUAUGUAUUUCUGUGAGAGGUAACUUACAAGCUCGGAAACCAGUAUUCAGUUUGACUAGAAAUGUAUUGCAAUUAGAACAAGCAUUUUGCAUUAUUUCCUAUUUCUUCUCAAGCCUCACCGAAUAUUUGUUUGGUUCA